UUUUACAUUGUAUAUUAAGCGCACAGUGGCAAAUAAUUCCCUAAUAUAUCCUAUACUCUAUUCAAGUUCAACUGCAAUAGCCUGGGUCUAGAGGAAUUAUACACACGAAAAUAAAAAGCGAAAAUGCCUGCAGCCCCCGGCGGUACACAGACAUCACGCCUCCAUCCUAUAUUGAAAGCAGUCUCGUCGCUCAAUCGACUUGUGGCAGACGAGGCCUCGUACCACGCUGAGCUGCAAGAGCGCCAUGAACAGAUCUUGAAAAGAGAGAAGCUUCUUGAAACGCUUAAGGAGGACCCCGAAGAAGAAGGGAAUUCACUGUGGAUGCUGAAGCAGGAGCGUAUGGCAUAUGAUGAAACUAAGAGAAUGUUACCUAAGAUGGAGCAGCUGGUCCGAGAGGCCGUGGAGCGACUUGAGGGGCUGAUGCAAGAAGAAAGGGGAAAGGAGAAUGAUGCCAAUGAGACAGCUCUCCAUGAAGCAGCCGAAGCAAUCCAAAAAGCGAAACAAGCAGUUCCAGCCCUGGCUGGGCCGAGAAGUGAGGCAUGAAAUCAAACAUAUUUCGAGUUUAAUAUGUACAUGUUUGGAUGCGAUGGAGUUAUGUCCCAUCCAAGGUCCAUCCUCUAUGGCGAGGUUACGAAUAAAUGCAUAAGAUCUUUUAAAUGGAAAGGAAGUGUGUUCUAUUCUGAGAUGAUGCUAAGAUAUAGCUAUCACUUCCAUAUUACUUGGAUCUAACCCAAGGCCCGUGGAUUCCACAAUAGCAGGGGCAUAGAUGAUGCGCCCACGAGAUCUGAGACACAUGCGUUAUCUCUAUUGCAAGCAGCACCCCCUCCGCUCUUACUUAUAACCCUAGCCUUCAUAUUUCCAAGAACGAGGUCGUCGUAGUUCCAUGGGCGCCGUGCUCGAGCCUUUACCACUCAAGUUUUUUGUAUCUGAGGACGGGACUUUCCAAUGAGCCCGAGUCAAGAAGCGUAUCAUAGAUCCUUUUAGAAUUAGCUGGCAUGUUUUAAUCAAAACAUGGCUCCAGCUGUUUCUUUUGUCUGUCGUCUGUAUUCUGUGAAACCUUGCGCCAAACUACGUGGUGUCCAUUUUGUCUUCAAGUUUAUCAUCCGAAAUUUCUUCUCCUUCCUCCAAAUCAUCCGCUGUCUUUGAUGGAGAUCGACCUUCAAUUGCGGAGCUUUCUCCACGAUUCCCGGAUUCAUCACCUGAAACUUCACCCUCGUCCUCCAUAUUCUCGUCCUCAGAUUCUUUCCUAUCAUCAGUUCCAGAGAUAGUAAUUCCCUGACGGAGUGGAGUAAUUCCAGGUGUCGCAGAGCUUUUCAAUUUUUCGGGGUGAGGCUUUCCAGAGGCCGUAACAACAUCCUCCAUGGAUUGGGAUGGGGUUAUGGUGUCCUGAUCGGGACGUGGAGUACCGACCAUGCUGACUCUUCCCUUAGAUGCCACGUCCCCCUCGUCCCCUUCUUCUCCUUCUUCCAUUCCUUCACGUCUUUCUACCUCUUCCUUCUCAUCUCUAAUCAAACGACGUAGAUUCAUUCCCUCCUCAACAAUUCUCCCGAAUUGCUCUCUGCGCUCCGCCCAGGUCUGAGCAUAUUCCCCACUUUCCUUUUCCAACUUCGCGAUUUCGGCAUUAAGCUUUUCCAAAUUGGCUUGUUGAUCCUCGCGGGGCCGUAGUAGCCUGUUUGAUGUAAUCUUCUCCGCAAGCUCGUCGUAAGUCUUUCGAAGUGCAAGCGUCUUUUGCGCUUCUUCCAACUGUUUUCUCAGCUCAGCCGUAUUUUCCUUCACUUCCUGGGCAGUGGCUAAAAUUCUAAGUUUUUCGGCGGCGUAUCUUUCUCGCUCUUUUGCGUUGCUCGAUAACAAAAACUGGAUUCUCGCUAUGCUGCCCUCGAAGGCAGCAAAGUCUAGUGUUACGUCCUCCUGGAAUUGCCUCCAAUCUUCCAAGAGCUUCUGUCUUUCUGCUUCAUAUCGUGCUAAUGCGUCGUCGUCCGGGGAUGUGGAAUCUGGCGGUGGCGUGGGUAGGAAUGCGGUCGGUGAGGAGAUGAGAUUGUUCGGGGUGAGAAGGCGUUUCGUAAUUCUUUUAAAAGGCUUUUCUUCA